UAAGAUUGUUCGCGGUGGAAAAGACGACGCAAAAAAUAUUGCAGUGAGAGAAAAUGAUGCAGGAUGAAGACUUGGGUGGCUCAGUGAGAAAAAAUAUCUUCAGUCAAGGAAUAAUAAGAAUAUCACAGAUAUAUCAAAGAUACCUAGAUGUGUGGACUCCUCAUGUAAUAUCACGAUGGAUAUUUGCUUUAUUCUUAUUAGUACUUUUUAUUCUACGUAUAUUUAUCUCUCAAGGGUGGUAUAUUGUCACAUACGCACUAGGAAUUUAUCACCUCAAUUUAUUCAUAGCAUUUCUUACUCCAAAAAUUGAUCCUGCCAUGGAUUUUUUUGAUGAUGGAGAAGGUCCUGAGUUACCUACAAGAUCAAAUGAGGAAUUUAGGCCGUUCAUUAGAAGAUUACCUGAAUUUAAAUUCUGGUAUUCAGUAACAAAAUCUACAAUUGUUGCCAUGAUAUGCACUCUAUUUGAUUGCUUUAACAUACCAGUAUUCUGGCCGAUACUUGUUAUGUAUUUCAUAACAUUAUUCUGUAUCACAAUGAAGCGGCAAAUAAAGCAUAUGAUCAAGUACAGAUACCUGCCUUUCACUCAUGGCAAACCAAAAUAUCAGAACCAUGAGGAUACAUCACGAUUGAUAUCAUCAAAGUGA